CUCACUAUCGUCACAGACCGCGGCUACCUGUACAUGUCGGAACCCGCCUACCGCACCCUCUUCAACCUCGCCUUCGGUCCCACCUCCUGGUCCCUCCUGCCGACAACGCCCUUCCACACCUCCCGCUCCGGGCGCACCCUCUUCCGCUCGUACAUCCUCACCAUCAACAACCGCUUCAUCUCCGAAGCCGUCGGCGACUGGAGCCUCGCCACCGCGGGCGGGGACAGGGACGAGGCAGAGCGGAGGUGUGCGCAUGUUGCGAUGGUGAGGGUGGGCAAGGAUUUGGGGGUCGCGAGCGAGUUGUGGGAUCCGAGGGUGGUUAAUGGGAUCAGGGAUAGGUUGUUUGAGGUCGUUGUUGUGGAUGGCGUGGGCGGCAAUACGAGGGUGUGGAGGCGGAAGGCGGGAGUUUGA